GGCGGCGGGCGUGAGAUUCUGCGGCCACGCGGCGGCGGGCGGCAGGCGCUGGAGGCGGCGACAGCGGUCAGUCGCUGCUGAGGCGGCCGCGGGUGCGCUUCUCGGCGGGGCCGGGCAGGGCCGUCGCCUGGCGGUGAAGAAGCGCUCCCGGGGAGGGCGCCAUGGCCACCAGCUAGGGCGGCGGGAGAAACGGCCGACCCAAGAUGCCGGAGCGGCGUCACGGCUGCGCCUCCCCCAUCGUAGAUGCUGACCAUCCUUCUGAAGUAGAAUCUCCAUGGCCUAAACAUUUCUUGACAAAAAUAAUUUUGAGUAAAAUAUAUGUUUAAAAAGAAGAUAACCACAUCAAGAUGGUGGGAAAGCUGAAGCAGAACCUACUUUUGGCAUGUCUGGUGAUUAGUUCUGUGACAGUGUUUUACUUGGGCCAGCAUGCCAUGGAGUGUCAUCACCGAAUAGAGGAACGCAGCCAGCCAGCUAGACUGGAGAACCCCAAGACGACUGUGCGACCUGGCCUGGACAUCAAAGCCAACAAAACAUUCACCUACCACAAAGAUAUGCCUUUAAUAUUUAUUGGAGGAGUGCCCCGGAGUGGAACGACGCUCAUGAGGGCUAUGCUGGAUGCACAUCCUGACAUCCGCUGUGGAGAGGAAACCCGGGUCAUCCCUCGGAUCCUUGCCCUGAAGCAGAUGUGGUCCCGGUCCAGUAAAGAGAAGAUCCGCCUGGACGAGGCUGGUGUCACUGAUGAAGUGCUGGAUUCUGCCAUGCAAGCCUUCCUUCUGGAGGUCAUUGUUAAACAUGGGGAGCCAGCGCCUUAUUUAUGUAACAAAGAUCCUUUUGCCCUGAAAUCCUUGACUUACCUUUCUAGGUUAUUUCCCAAUGCCAAGUUUCUCCUGAUGAUCAGAGAUGGCCGGGCAUCAGUGCAUUCCAUGAUUUCUCGAAAAGUAACCAUAGCGGGAUUUGACCUGAACAGCUACAGGGACUGCUUGACCAAGUGGAAUCGGGCCAUAGAAACCAUGUACAACCAGUGUGUGGAGGUUGGGUAUAAAAAGUGCAUGAUGGUCCACUAUGAACAGCUCGUCUUACACCCUGAACGGUGGAUGAGAACGCUCCUGAAGUUCCUCCAGAUCCCAUGGAACCAUUCAGUUUUGCACCAUGAGGAAAUGAUCGGGAAAGCUGGGGGAGUGUCUCUGUCAAAAGUGGAAAGAUCAACAGACCAAGUCAUCAAGCCUGUCAACAUGGGGGCUCUAUCAAAGUGGGUUGGGAAGAUACCCCCAGAUGUUCUACAAGACAUGGCAGUAAUUGCACCCAUGCUUUCUAAACUUGGAUAUGAUCCAUAUGCCAAUCCCCCUAACUACGGAAAACCUGACCCCAAGAUCCUUGAAAACACCAGAAGAGUCUAUAAAGGAGAAUUUCAGCUACCUGACUUUCUGAAAGAAAAGCCCCAGACCGAGCAAUUGGAGUAGCUGAGCCUGGAACUUCCCACAGUGAGGGAUGACUGCUGCCUUUUCUACAGAAGGGAAAUCUCUGGAACUGCUGUCUCCUGCAGGGAGAAGUGCUGUGACCCAACCCAUCGCUCCUGCUCACCUGCCAGCCUCCUGUCCCUGGGGAGGUGCUACAGCCCACCUCCCUGAGUGAUGGCUCUCGAGCCCAGUGACUCGCACAGCCCUCAAGAUGAGGAGCCCAGCAGGGACGCGGUUCUGUUACAGCUCCUCUUGUCCUUGUCGUUCUUACCAGAUUCCAGUCUUAAUUUCAAGAGAAGGAGAGUUUAAGGAAGGCAUUUGGUUAACAAAAUUGGCAGUCUCGUUCAGAUCGGUUGUCUGUACACGUUCCAGUGUUUUGUAGAACACUUGUGCCUGUUUAAAUAUAUUGAUGUGGAUAAUAGUAAAUACCUUAAUUAUUUAAAUAAUUCAUUGUAUUGUUUCAGAGACGUUGGGAAAUUACUGUAUACAUUUACAACCUAAUGACUUUUGUAUUUUAUUUUUCAAAAUAAAAGCUUAAA